ACGCGACGCCGAACCAAUGCCAGUCGCUCGGCGCGGAGGGCGUGGCGGCGGCGACGUCGGGGGUGAUGGGGGUUUUUGGGGAGGCGUAGGCCGCCGUCCCGGGCGUGGCGGUCUUUAUUUUGGUUCAGAUCAUUCUUAUUCUUUUUUUACUCCUUAUCAUUCUUCUUCUGAUAAAUGCGAUUAUCUAUCGGAUCAGAAGCAUUCUCAAAAGAGCCCGAGGCGACGGCAACUAACCCGCCAGCCCCACGGACCAAACGGACUCUUUUGUAUAAGUACGCAGGUACCGAUGUACACACGCUCACCCCCUGCACCGCUGCGGCUGGGUCUCAGGAUCCUCUGUCUCUCUCCUCUCGCGGUAGCGGCCGCAGGCUGGCUUGUCGCACAAAUCCCCUCCCCAGCCAACUUCCGCCCUCUCUCCCAGCCUACUCACUUCUUCCCACCACCACCGCAUCUGGCCCAGCGACUAACGAAGCCGGCAAAACAGGCUCUCUCCAACCCCCCCCGGCUGGCCAUGCCAUGAGAUAUACUACGUGGUCGGCCAUUCUACAAGCAGGGGAAAAGCUCAGCGGCCUCUGCCAGUCAUUCGUUCCAAUCCCGCCAACUCAACUCGUUCGCGUCAACACCUGCAAGAUCUACCAUUCUACUGCUCCAGUGUACUAUCAUCACGACCACGACGAUCACAACUACGACCUCGACCACGACAACAACAACAUACUUAAUACUACUACUAAUCCAUCACCACCGCGGCAUCACCCACAGCCAAUUCACUUCGCGUCGUGGACGGCCCCCCGCGAACCAAACGAGACAACACUUCCGUUGUCUUUCGUGCCCCUCACUACUAUCGGAUCUUCAGACCUGGCCUCCGUCAGCCCAGGCCUUUUCCGUCAACUGUCGUCAGCUACAAGGCUGUGUACCAUCUUAACAUCGUCGGCCGGAGUCUCUCGCUAUUUAGCAUUCGUCGCAUCCCUGCGCCCCGACGCUUAUACCGUAUGCGGAAUCGUCGUCCCUCCUCGCGGGCAUAGUUAUUCCCAACCGUCGCUGUCGGCCCGAACGCGCGCGCGCAGACGGAUACCGUAGUCGGGUUCUCGUCGAGCUGGCAAGAUGGGCGGCUACGGUGACUUCACCGACAUCUGCCACACGGCGCCCCUGCCGUUGUGUCCUUCGGUCGGUCCCAUCACGUCGGUCUCGAGCGGCGUCGGCAUCGAAACCAACUGCUACUCCCGGAACAUCGAGCUGGCCAACACCAUCAUUUUCCAGGGCGCGUCUAGUUUCAUGCACAUCAUCGCCCUCGGCAUGACCGUUGUCAUGAUCCUGCACAUCCGCGGCAAAUUCACCGCCGUCGGUAGGUCCUCCCUCACCCCCUUUUAAUCUCUCUCUCUCUCUCUCUCUCUCUCUCUCUCUCUCU